AUGAGUUUUAGUCACGAACCUAUUAGUUCUAGUGACGAGACUUUUAGUUGUAGUGACGAGACUAUUAGUUCUAGUAACGAGACUUUCAGUUGUAUUGACGAGACUAUUAGUUCUUGUGACGAGACUUUUAGUUGUAGUGACGAGACUAUUAGUUCUUGUGACGAGACUAUUAGUUUUAGUGACGAGACUUUUAGUUCUAUUGAGGAUACUAUUAGUUCUAUUGAGGAGACUAUCGGUUCUUGUGACGAGACUACUAGUUCUAGUGACGAGACUAUUAGUUCUAUUGAGGAUACUAUUAGUUCUAUUGAGGAGACUAUUAGUUCUAGUGAUGAGACUUUUAGUUCUAGUGACGAGACUAUUAGUUCUUGUGAUGCGCCUAUUAGUUCUAGUGAUGCGCCUAUUAGUUCUAGUGACGAGAACAUUGGUUCUAGUGACGAGACUAUUGGUUCUUGUGACGAGACUAUUAGUUCUAGUGAUGCGCCUAUUAGUUCUGGUAACGAGACUUUUAGUUCUAGUGACGAGACUAUUGGUUCUUGUGGUGCGCCUAUUAGUUCUAGUGACAAGACUAUUAGAUUGAUACACAGUCUCUAA